AUGCAUUUUUCAUAUUUAACGUAUAUUAAAGUCAUUAUAUGUUAUUUAUACACCGAUUGAAAAUCCGUAUGUGUUGUAAUUAAAAUCUGUAUUCUAAUAAAAAAAUUUACCUUUUGCAACUUGAUUGUGGAAGCGUUCGUAACAAAAAUAUUAUUUUAGAUAAUUUUAUAUCUAAUCAUCCACAAUUUAUCACAAUGAUUAGAAAAUUUUUACGUGUUUAUCUACAAGGAAAAUCGAUAAUAACUGCGAACAUAUUCGAGCUGUGAUAGUUCUCCAUACUGUGAUAGUUCUCCAUUAGACGUCAACCAAGGCACAAGAACAAUGCAAAGGCAAAAUCUUUUCGCCGUUACCAUAAUUUUGGUAGUCAUACUCUCUACAUUACAUUCAAGCAAGGCAUUGAAAUGUUAUGGUUCGUUGCUAGAUGGAUCAUAUGUAUCGAUAUUGUGUGACGUCUCUAUGGAUAGAUGUGUUAAAUUUACAAAUAAGAUAAUUACCGAUUUACGUACAUGCGCUAUUAAAGAUUUCUGUACAUCUGAAGAGCCAAUCUUCAAGUUCAGCAGUUGUCAUGAAUGCCAUGAUGAUCUAUGCAAUGCUUCCGCCAAAAAUAUGGUGUCAAUUAUCACAAUAAUAACUUCAGGAUUACUUGCUCUGUUCUGGUCAAUUCCAUAAUUUUUAUAAAUUUUCUUUAUGAUUUAAUCUUGAAUUUAAUUUAAUGCAGCUUGUUACAUCACAAUCUUCUUAAUGAGCUGUUAAUGUAAUAUUCAAAUAAUAUUAUUAAAAUAUUUAAUUCUGUUUAAUUAGCAAAUAUGUUUUAAUUCUAAAUUAUUUUAAUCCAUAUUAAUUAUUACACUGAAUGUUAAGCAAAAAAUAUUAAAGGAAUUUUAUUAAAUAUAUUACGUAAUGUAACUUGGUCUGAUUUGAAAAGAACGGCACAAAAAAAUAAGUUUGUUUUUGGCAAUAACUUCCGACAAAACCUUCGCCGACCGUAAAGAUCUUAAUUAAAUUAAUUUUGCCGUGCCAAUAGUUCCGAUUUGAUUUAUUCUUGCAAACCUGUUUUUUUUUUGUGCAAAUAUAUAUAACACGUUAGAAUAUAAGUUUAUUUUAAAACAUCUUAUUUGUGAAAUGAUAAAUUAUCUGUAUAAAAAAUUGUUUCGAAAAUACUACUAGUAUAUAAAAUGAGAUAUAUCUGUUUAAGA